AGACAGGGCUUCUCUAGGCGAUGGUGCGGUUUGUACUCUAUGUUGCCGGUCGGACGCAUGCGCUGCUUGGGAGGGCAGCCGGAGAGAGUCGGAGUGUUGCUGGAGGGAGAGUCGCUAGUAGCACCUGUGUCCAGGUGGGUGAGGGGCGGGGGAGCUGGAUUCGUGGAGGCGCAGUGGAGCUGCGGGAGAAGGGAAGCAGUUCAUCGCAGCUUCAGUCUUGGACUGUUCAGCCAUCUUUUGAAGUGAUUCCAGCUCAGCCAGAGCUAGUGUUUCUUCAUCCAGCCAUCUCCCCUCCCAUUAACCCUCACCUUCUUGGUGAAAAGAGUGACUCUACUAAUUACCUGCCCAUCCUGAAUUCCUACGCAAAGACGACAACACAUCCCAGCAAAAGAGAUCGUGUCUGGGAUCUGGAGGAAAGAGGGAGAACCAGUGGACAGAAAUGGCUUUGCACAGAUACUGCUAUGUCCAAUAAGACUAGUUUAUUGCCCUCUAGUGCUUGCCCUCAAGUAUCACCUGACUCUAAGCCUGGUCAGGACUCUACUCAGCAGAGUUUUCCAGCUUUGAUGGCAGAUGGAAAAAUGUCAACUACUGAUGGCUUUCAGUAUAUUUCUACUGCCAAACAGAAGGCCCCAGGUUUGAUUCCUUUUUCCCCUACUGGACUCCUCCACAUAUCAGACUGCAAAUCUCCUGAGAUGGAGAAUCCAGUACAGCAUAUGGUGCAAUUAGCAACCUGCAGCCCAGCUUUGGCUGCAGAAGAACUUUAUACUACUCCUGAGCUAUUGUUGCAGCAGCAGCGCAAGCGCAAGCGCUUUCAGAAUACCUUUGUUGUGCUGCACAGGUCUGGAUUGCUGGAGAUCACCUUGAAAACGAAGGAGCUGAUUCAUCAGAACCAGGUAACCCAGACUGAACUGGACCAACUGAAGCAGCAAACACAAUUGUUCAUGCAGGCAAUAAAGAGCAAUGCUCCUCAGGCCUGGGCAGAGCUAGAGGCAUCCCUAACAGGGUCAGAUAAAGCUAACAGCAGCCUUGAGGCUUCUCCUACAUAUCCCAGCAUGUAGCGCAAAAGAUAUAUAGCUGGUCAAGUGAUUAGAGUGCCUCUCUUCCCGUGUCUCAAGCUUUUACAAGAGCGUUUUCUAAGUUUGAGACUAUUUUUAAAACUCAUUCGCAAAGCAGCAUGCCAUUAAUAAAUUGUCCCAAAUGCCAGUUGUGAGACUGGCACAAUGGGAGGCAUAGGCAGGAAUUAGUACUGCUUCAUGUGACCUGUAAUUGAGUAACCGUGCUCUUCUUUGGGCCAUGAAGGUGUGAAAGUGCUAUGAUGUGAUGUGUUCCCAUCCUUAUGAUGGAGAACAUUGCAAAUGGCUCUUUCCUGGCAAGCACCUUUUUUCACCCCCUAUCUCCAGGCAGCCAGUUCACAGAAUGGGACAAAAGACCUGCUCUAGUGUAGCUGCUUAUCAAUUGAUAGGGAAAGAGGAAACUUGAUGGGUAACAUAGUAUCUCCGGCUUUGUGUUAAUACUCUAAAGACACAAGGUGGCCUUGCUUUUGGAUAAUCAUCACAUUGAACAAAUGGAGAUCUGCUUGCAUUAAAGCUGCACUCCAUAUGUGGAACUGUUUGAGCAAAGAGGGGGCGGGGAAGUGAGGAAUGUGAUAGUUCUAGGCAGGCCCUGUCAGCUUGCCCAUUUUAAUUUCUUUGAAGUUGAGAGCUGGGUGAAAAUUUGACCCUAGAUCUGCACUAGAAGUGUCUAUUCCAAAGCAGGGUUAUUUGUAUGGUCUGUUAACAGCUAACAGCUGUUCUAAGCAAGGUGGCUUUGGAUUUCCCAAGUAUGCAAUGAGUUAAACACUGACUAUUACUUUAAAAAAAAAAAAAAAGCUAAGUGAUAUUUUUUAAAUGCAUUACAAUAAAGAUUUGUAGACUCCAAG